AUGUUCGGGCUGGUCCUUCUUCUGAGCACGACCGCCGUGCUCGCGCAGUACCAACAACAACAGCAGUCACGAUCGCCGCACCACUACACCAACUACUACCAGUCCACCAACUAUCCCCAACGUCAGCAGCAACAACAACAUCGCUCACCUCAACCACCAUCCUACCCAGUUCCAGUACAAGUCGUUCAUCAUUACAGUACCACCGUUGCACCGUACUCCACAUCAGUACGUCCAACACAUCCCACUCACAAUACAUAUUACACGACUCAUCAGCAGACCAACCAACCAGUCAAGUCCACAACCCCAGCCAGAUAUGGUGGAUGUAACGUCCCUUCGGACUUCUGGUGUGACAGCUACGAGAUGGCUCAGCGAUGUGACGUCGUCAAACAGUGUGAGCAGUUCAAGCUAGACCGACGACCAUUGACCGUUACCUUAAUGUACGAAGCCUUGUGUCCUUUCUGUCAGCGAUUCAUUUCGAAUCACCUAGGGAAUCUGUUCAAUACAUACAGAGGCCGAGUCGAAUUUGAACUUGUGCCUUGGGGAAACAGCCGGCUACUCAAUGUAAGUUGAUCUAAACCAUUUUGAAUUAAAACCGGUUUUUUCAAUUAAAAUUCAAUUUUUAUAAAAUUCAACUUAUAUCUAAAAAUGUCAUUCAAAAAUUAAUGACUCACCUUCAGAACGGUCAAAUCUCCUGCAACCACGGUCAAACAGAAUGUGACGCCAACCGGCUGAUGAGUUGUGUCAUUGAUGUCGUGCAGACCAAGCAAGCCAUUCCCUUCAUCAUCUGCUUCGAACGUCAGUUGGGCACGUACCCUCAAGUCCAACAAGCCAUGCAUCACUGUUCCACCUUCAUCAGCAAUGCCUACAGAGAAAUAAAAACAUGUUUCGACGGAGAACGAGGCCGUCAGCUACAGCGACAAGCUGCCUACAGAACCAUGAACAUGCGAGCUCAUCCCAUCAUCGAGGUGCCGUACCUGGUCAUCAACAACUACAGUCCGUCCAGUGACGCCAAUGGUCUCAAUAUUAUGACACUUCACAACCAGCUACACAAGUGGCUGAACAUGAAGAAACUGACAUAA